GUACAGACAACGGAACCCCCGCAGGAGAUGGUCUUUAUCAAAUACAAAGAAGCUGAUGAUAACUUAACUAUACACCUGAGGGACAGAGGACAACUUUACUAACUCACUUGAUUUUGGACAAAGGACAACUUUAUGAAAUACUAAAACUAGGAGAGAUGUAGAGAGCUUUACUAGACUGAUCACAUCUGGAAAAGGAUUGCCGUCGAAAGCCUCAAAGAAACGAAGAAGUGACUGGAUAUCGUAACAAAACACCUGUCAAUCAAGAGAAUACCACCUUUAACGCCCAAAACAUUGACGUUUUAAGGAAAGAUUUACCUUCAGAAUAUCAACCACAACUAAAAGAAGUGAAACUCAGAUCCUAAACAGGAGAGAAGCAGGCUCCAUUUCUACCAGGCAGUUUUAAAGAGAUUAACCUGAACAAAUCACAAAUAAUCUUUAGCUGAAAAACCCACCGUUGCAAGAGGAGCCUAGAUUUACAUUUACAUUUACAUUACAUUUAAGUCAUUUAGCAGACGCUCUUAUCCAGAGCGACUUACAAAUUGGGAUAGAAGAGAGGACACUGCUUUUGGAAAAGGAUUGUGUCCAUGUGGAGUGUAUGGAGUGUAUGCGUAGACCUAAGACAAGGACGACUGUGAAGAAGGAAUCGAUGGCAGGCGGAUCCAGGAAGUGCCACCCAGCGCGUAUGUAAACAAAGUGCCAUGCCCAUGCUACGACUAGCCUGGCACAGAGGAGGGUGGGCACAAGGGAGGACCACAGUCUCUCCCUUACUCAUACUGCUCCUCUCCAGUCUGCAGGAUCCCCCAUUAGCUGAUGCCAUGAAGCUGACACUUAAAGAGUUGAUCUCUAAAAGGAAUGAAUAUAGGGAGAACUGCACCAGGAUUUUAGCAGAAAGCUACUUCUCAGGAACUGGAACCUACUGUAACGGGACGGUUGACCUAUUUGUGUGUUGGCCCCACUCAGCUCCUGGUAAUGUGUCAGUGCCCUGUCCUUCUUACCUCCCCUGGGUCACAGAGGAUGACUCCAGGAGUGUGUACAGGCAGUGUCUGUCCAAUGGGAGCUGGCGACUCCAGGAGAAUUCUUCGGAAGCCUGGCGGGACCAGAGAGAAUGCGAUGAGAAACGUUUCUUUGAAGCCGAGGAGAAUGAGGUGUUUCGCCAAGGAGCACUGAGGGUUAUCUCCAUCGUCGGCUACGCUCUGUCCCUCUUCUCCCUCUCUCUGGCCACUCUCCUCAUGAGCAUUCUCAGGAAGCUCCACUGUACGAGGAACUACAUCCACAUGAAUCUGUUUGUGUCGUUCAUGAUGAGAGCCAUAGCCGUUUUCAUAAAGGAGAUCGUUUUACAUGUCAUGUACACCAAGCUACCCAUUGACGACCCAGGGUGGAACUCAUACUCCAACUCAGUGAUAGCGGUGGUAUGUAAGGCCUCCCGGAUGUCCAUGGAGUAUUUUGUAGCCUGUAACUACUUCUGGCUCCUGGUGGAAGCCAUCUUCCUCCACACUCUCCUCUUCACCGCCGUCCUCACCAAGAGACGGCUGCUCAAGAGAUACAUGCUCAUUGGCUGGGGUACUCCAUUCGUGUUUGUGGUGCCAUGGACAGUUACCAAAGUUUUAUUUGAAAAUGAAGGGUGCUGGGCCAAUCAGGAUAGAUGGAUCUGGUGGAUAAUAAGAGGUCCGAUCACUGUAUCUGUGUUGGUCAUUUUCUACAUAUUCAUCAAAAUACUAAUGCUGCUGCUCUCAAAGUUAAAAGCAGACCAAGUGAGAUUCACAGACUACAGAUACAGCUUGGCCAGGGCUACACUAGUCCUGAUCCCUUUACUGGGAAUCCACGAGGUGGUUUUCACUCUCCUGAUUGACGAGUGUGUGGAGGGAAACACCCGCUAUGCCAGGAACGUCAUCAACCUCACCCUCAGCUCCUUCCAGGGAUUCUUGGUUUCUGUGCUGUACUGCUUCGCCAAUGGAGAGUUCCAGGCGGAGCUGAAGAAGCACUGGCAGCUCUUCCGGUUUUCAAACCCCUUCCAGGUCACGCCCUGUAUUCACUACCGGGAUGCGCCCCUCAAACACCUGUGGAAGUGCUCCAGAGGCCGACGCUCCCAUCAAAACAAAUCAUAUGAGGAGGAGGGUGGGCCUGCCACACACUCACACCUGCUGCAGGUGGCGUGGCAGGGGGACGGAGGAGGAGGAGAAGGAGGGGCGGUGGCAGGGUGGAGAGGAAGGGGGAGAGAAAUGGGAGGAUUGGAGUUCCACACCAGGAAGAGUUUGUCAGGUAGUGACGGAGAGAUGACGCUGGGAGAGACCAUGGAGGAGAUACUGGAGGAGAGCGAGUUCUGACCUCCUUUUCUCUCCAGACUGCUAUGAACUGUUACGGGGCCUUGUUUCCUUAUCAAAUCAAAAAAUCUAAUCAAAUCAAAUGUAUUUAUAUAGCCCUUCGUACAUCAGCUGAUAACUCAAAUUGCUGUACAGAAACCCAGCCUAAAACCCCAAACAGCAAGCAAUGCAGGUUUUGACGCACCUUGGCUAGGAAAAACUCCCUAGAAAGGCCAAAACCUAGGAAGAAACCUAGAGAGGAACCAGGCUAUGAGGGGUGGCCAGUCCUCUUCUGGCUGUGCCGGGUGGAGAUUAUAACAGAACAUGGCCAAGAUGUUCAAAUGUUCGUAAAUGACCAGCAUGGUCAAAUAAUAGGUCUGGGACAGGCAGCACGUCCGGUGAACAGGUCAGGAUUCCAUAGCCGCAAGCAGAACAGUUGAAACUGGAGCAGCAGCACGGCCAGGUGGACUGGGGACAGCAAGGAGUCAUCAUGCCAGGUAGUCUUGAGGCAUGGUCCUAGGGACGGCAUGAGCCAGUGACUCAGCCCCUGUAAUAUGGUUAGAGGCAGAGAAUCCCCGUGGAAAGAGGGGAACCGGCCAGGCAGAGACAGCAAGGGCAGUUCGUUGCUCCAGAGCCUUUCCGUUCAUCUUCACACUCCUGGGCCAGACUACACUCAAUCAUAUGACCCACUGAAGAGAUGAGGCUUCAGUAAAGACUUCAAGGUUGAGACCGAGUUUGCGUCUCUCACAUGGGUAGGCAGACCAUUCCAUAAAAAUUGAGCUCUAUAGGAGAAAGCCCUGCCUCCAGCUGUUUGCUUAGAAAUUCUAGGGACAAUUAGGAGGCCUGCGUCUUGUGACCGUAGCGUAUGUGUAGAUAUGUACGGCAGGACCAAAUCAGAGAAAUAGGUAGGAGCAAGCCCAUGUAAUGCUUUGUAGGUUUGCAGUAAAACCUUGAAAUCAGCCCUUGCCUUGACAGGAAGCCAGUGUAGGGAGGCCAGCACUGGAGUAAUAUGAUCAAAUUUUUUGGUUCUAGUCAGGAUUCUAGCAGCCGUAUUUAGCACUAACUGAAGUUUAUUUAGUGCUUUAUCUGGGUAGCCGGAAAGUAGAGCACUGCAAUAGUCUAACCUAGAAGUAACAAAAGCAUGGAUAAAUUUUUCUGCAUAAUUUUUGGACAGAAAGUUUCUGAUUUUUGCAAUGUUACGUAGAUGGAAAAAAGCUGUCAUUGAAACAGUUGUGAUAUGUUCGUCAAAAGAGAGAUCAGGGUCCAGAGUAACGCCGAGGUCCUUCACAGUUUUAUUUGAGACGACUGUACAACCAUUAAGAUUAAUUGUCAGAUUCAACAGAAGAUCUCUUUGUUUCUUGGGACCUAGAACAAGCAUCUCUGUUUUGUCCGAAUUUAAAGUAGAAAGUUUGCAGCCAUCCACUUUCUUAUGUCUGAAACACAUGCUUCUAGCGAGGGCAAUUUUGGUGCUUCAUCAUGUUUCAUUGAAAUGUACAGCUUUGUGUCAUCCGCAUAGCCGUGAAAGUUAAUAUUAUGUUUUCGAAUGACGUCCCCAAGAGGUAAAAUAUAUAGUGAAAACAAUAGUGGUCUUAAAACGGAACCUUGAUGAACACCGACAUUUACAGUUGAUUUGUCAGACGACAAGCCAUUCACAGAGACAAACUGAUAUCUUUCCUACAGAUAAGAUCGAAACCAGGCCAGAACUUGUCCGUGUAGACAAAUUUGGGUUUCCAAUCUCUCCAAAAGAAUGUGGUGAUCGAUGGUAUCAAAAGCAGCACUAAGGUCUACGAGCACGAGGACAGAUGCAGAGCCUUGGUCUGAUGCCAUUAAAAGGUAAUUUACCACCUUCACAAGUGCAGUCUCAGUGCUAUGAUGGGGUCUAAACUGAAGCAUUUCGUAUACAUUGUUUGUCUUCAGGAAGGCAGUGAGUUGCUGCGCAACAGCCUUUUCAAAAAAUGUUGAGAGGAAUGGAAGAUUCGAUAUAGGCCGAUAGUUUUUUAUAUUUUCUGGGUCAAGAUUUGGCUUUUUCAAGAGAGGCUUUAUUUCUGCCACUUUUAGUGAGUUUGGUACACAUCCGGUGGAUAGAGAGCCGUUUAUUAUGUUCAACAUAGGAGGGCCAAGCACAGGAAGCAGCUCUUUCAGUAGUUUAGUUGGAAUGGGGUCCAGUUUGCAGCUUGAAGGUUUAGAGGCCAUGCUUAUUUUCACCAUUGUGUCAAGAGAUAUAGUACUAAAACACUUGAGUGUAUUUCUUGAUCCUAGGUCCUGGCAGAGUUGUGCAGACUCAGGACAACUGAGCUUUGAAGGAAUACGCAGAUUUAAAGAAGAGUCCGUAAUUUGCUUUCUAAUAAUCAUGAUAUUUUCCUCAAAGAAGUUCAUGAAUUUAUUACUGCUGAAGUGAAAGCCAUCCUCACUUUGGGAAUGCUGCUUUUUAGUUAGCUUUGUGACAGUAUCAAAAAGACAUUUCGGAUUGUUCUUAUUUUCCUCAAUUAAGUUGGAAAAAUAGGAUGAUCGAGCAGCAGUGAGGGCUCUUUGAUACUGCACGGUACUGUCUUUCCAAGCUAGUCGGGAGACUUCCAGUUUGGUGUGGCGCCAUUUCCGUUCCAAUUUUCUGGAAGCUUGCUUCAGAGCUCGGGUAUUUUCUGUAUACCAGGGAGCUAGUUUCUUAUGAGAAAUGUUUUUAGUUUUUAGGGGUGCAACUGCAUCUAGGGUAUUGCGCAAGUUUAAAUUGAGCUCCUCAGUUAGGUGGUUAACUGAUUAUUGUCCUCUGAUGUCCUUGGGUAGGCAGAGGGAGUCUGGAAGGGCAUCAAGGAAUCGUUGUGUUGUCUGUGAAUUUAUAGCACGACUUUUGAUGCUCGUUGGUUGGGGUCUGAGCAGAUUAUUUGUUGCAAUUGCAAACGUAAUGAAAUGGUGGUCCGAUUGUCCAGGAUUAUGAGGAAAAACAUUAAGAUCCACAACAUUUAUUCCAUGGGACAAAACUAGGUCCAGAGUAUGACUGUGACAGUGAGUAGGUCCAGAGACAUGUUGGACAGAACCCACUAAGUCGAUGAUGGCUCCGAAAGCCUUUUGGAGUGGGUCUGUGGACUUUUCCAUGUGAAUAUUAAAGUCACCAAAAAUUAGAAUAUUAUCUGCUAUGACAAGGUCUGAUAGGAAUUCAGGGAACUCAAUGAGGAACGCUGUAUAUGGCCCAGGAGGCCUGUAAACAGUAGCUAUAAAAAAAUGAUUGAGUAGUCUGCAUAGAUUCCAUGACUAGAAGCUCAAAAGACGAAAACGUCAUUUUUUUUUGGUAAAUUGAAAUUUGCUAACGUAAAUGUUAGCAACACCUCCGCCUUUGCGGGAUGCACGGGGGAUAUGGUCACUAGUGUAACCAGGAGGUGAGGCCUCAUUUAACACAGUAAAUUCAUCAGGCUUAAGCCAUGUUUCAGUCAGGCCAAUCACAUCAAGAUUAUGAUCAGUGAUUAGUUAAUGGACUAUAAUUGCCUUUGACGUAAGGGAUCUAACAUUAAGUAGCCCUAUUUUGAGAUGUGAGGUAUCACGAUCUCUUUCAAUAAUGACAGGAAUGGAGGAGGUCUUUAUCCUAGUGAGAUUGCUAAGGUGAACACCGCCAUGUUUAGUUUUGACCAACCCAGGUCAAGGCACAGACACGGUCUCAAUGGGUAUAGCUGAGCUGACUACACUGACUGUGCUAGUGGCAGACUCCACUAAGCUGGCAGGCUGGCUAACAGCCUGCUGCCUGGCCUGCACCCUAUUUCAUUGUGGAGCUAGAGGAGUUAGAGCCCUGUCUAUGUUGGUAGGUAAGAUGAGAGCACCCCUCCAGCUAGGAUGGAGUCCGUCACUCCUCAGCAGGUCAGGCUUGGUCCUGUUUGUGGAGGCCAGAGAUUAUUACUGGCUAGGAUGGAGUCCGUCACUCCUCAGCAGGCCAGGCUUGGUCCUGUUUGUGGGUGAGUCCCAGAAAGAGGGCCAAUUAUCUACAAAGUAUAUCUUUUGGAAGGGGCAGAAAACAGUUUUCAACCAGCGAUUGAGUUGUGAGACUCUGCUGUAGAGGUCAUCACUCCCCCUAACUGGGAGGGGGCCAGAGACAAUUACUCGAUGCCGACACAUCUUUCUAGCUGAUUUACACGCUGAAGCUAUGUUGCACUUGGUGACCUCUGACUGUUUCAUCCUAACAUCGUUGGUGCCGACAUAGAUAACAAUAUCUCUAUACUCUCUACACUCGCCAGUUUUAGCUUUAGCCAGCACCAUCUUCAGAUUAGCCUUAAUGUCGGUAGAUGGAGUCAUUCCUAUAUGAUACAAGUCCUUUGACAGACAACGGUCACAUCUUGCGUAUAACAAUGAUGUUGUAUCUUUGUACAGAUUCUUUGUAUGGUACCUUGUGUAUCAUUGUGUAUGUGAGCAAUGUUCAAGGAUGUUAAUGCUAAAUCAUAAAACACACACAGUACCAGUCAAAAGUGUUUCUUUAUUUGUACUAUUUUCUACACUGUAUAAUAAAAAAAUGAAGACAUCAAACCUAUGAAAUAUGAUCAUCAUGUCGUAACCCCAAAAAGUUUUAAACAAAUCAAAAUACAUUUUAGAUUUUAGAUUCUUCAAAGUCGCCACCCUUUGCCUUGAUGACAACUUUGCACACUCUUGGAUUUCUCUCAACCAGCUUCACCUGGAUGCUUUUCCAACAGUCUUGAAGGAGUUCCCACAUAUGUGACCGACCACCUUGAUUCGGUCUUAUGUAGCAAAAUUUUACAUAUGAUAAAAGCAGAGACACAGAGCUACAAAGUGGUUUAUCAUACACUGCAUUUGAGGAACAAUGGGGAAGUAAUUCUGCUUUGAAAGUUGACAAACUUAUAACCUCACUUUUGAGAAAAUGGCCUUUAAAUGUUUUGGUAACUACUGGAGAGCUCUUCUUUGUCUACCCUCAUUCAGCAUCAUUCACACCCUCUUAAGCUUUAGCCCCCAACCAAACUCUGACCAUUUAACUCAUCCUAGCAGAGUUGGUUAGGAUGUUUUCAUGUUACCCAGAGCAUUGGUGGCUGUAACUAUGCUGCUGGUAAAAAUUUAAUUAAGUUUAUUUGCCAACAUUUCCUGACACUGGCCAUAUUGAACGGGUGUUGAGCGUUCUUAAAUUCAUCAGUUAUUCUGCGCUCUGGCACACUCAGACGAGAGUGCUCUGGAAUCGGAGUAGAUGGCCAGACUGAAUUUACGAACGCACCCAAAAUGGUUACUUGUAUAGUGGGGUCUUUCGUUAAGACAUGUAGCUAGCUAGCUACAUCCAAGACCCCACACAUUGUUUAGCUAGCUAGCUAAUCCCAACUCAUGACGUUACCACCCUGAAUGAAUUUGCAGGUAGCUAACCAACCAGGUUCAAUGUUAGCUAGCUAACAUUAGGCUAUAACUAGCCAAGCAAAUAGCUCUGAGAUACGAAUAAUAAGAUCAUACACGUAACGUUGGCUAGCGAGCCAGCGAGCUAACGUUAUCUAGCUAACAGUACACUUUGACUUGAAACGAAACCACUUUCUUUUAAAAUUAGAAACAUGUAAUAUCUGAAAAUGUAGCUAGACUAUCUUACCCAUAUACAUCAUGGAUGGACGUGACUCCUGGCACGGAUACCAUGGGUGCCUUUACUUUGAAUAUGUAAUCUUGAGACAGGUGUUUUUUCUCCAUGUCCUUAGCUAUCAAACUCGAAUCCCACUGAUUUCAAAACUCGGUCCUCCAGAAAGUGGACAACAACACCUGCAGUUAUACUACGCAAUACAUUACAAAAAAGCUGCGUUAGACGGGAUUACCUACACAUACUGACCAGCUCAAAUAGACAGAAGCUAUAUGUCAAACCAAUCCAAACUCAUCUCUCGGCAUGUCCAGCCCACUCAUUAUCUCAGCCAGUCAUUGCUAGUGGGAAGGUUGCUGCUUUUUUCUCAGGCUAAACCAACUAGGCUAGUAAUUUAAGAAUUUUAUGCAUAUUUACAGAUGGCAUUGUUAUUAAGGCACAUGAAAGUUCACUGUUCGAGAUUUCUACCUUGAUAAAAAAAUAAAAGUUUACGUUCAAACGGCUCUCCUGUGAAGUAGUGACCAUAUUUUCCUGAAACGAGUCACAUAUGCUGAGCACUUGUUGGCUGCUUUUACUUCACUCUGCGGUCCAACUCAUCCCAAACCAUCUCCAUUGGGUUGAGGUCAGGGGAUUCUGGAGGCCAGGUCAUCUGAUGCAGCACUCCAUCACUCUCCUUCUUAGUCAAAUAGCCCUUACACAGCCUGGAGGUGUGAUGGGUCAUUGUUGAAAAACAAAUGAUAGUCCGACUAAGCGCAAACCAGAUGGGAUGGCAUAUCGCUGCAGAAUGCUGUGGUAGCCAUGCUGGUUAAGUGUGCCUUGAAUUCUAAAUAAAUCAGUGACCAUGUCACCAGAAAAGUACCCCCUCACCAUCACACCACCUCCUCCUCCAUGCUUCAAGGGGGGAACCACACAUUCGGAAAUCAUCCAUUCACCUACUCUGCGUCUCACAAAGACAUGGCGGUUGGAACCAAAAAUCUCUAAUUCGGACUCAUUAAACCAAAGGACAGAUUUCCACCAUUCUUUAAAGAGUGGUUUCUUUGCAGCAAUUCGACCACGACGGCCUGAUUCACGCAGUCUCCUCUGAACAGUUGAUGUUGAGAUGUGUCUGUUACUUGAACUCUGUGAGGCAUUCAUUUGGGCUGCAUUGUCUGAGGCUGGUAACUCAAAUGAACUUAUCCUCUGCAGCAGAGGUAACUCUGGGUCUUCCUUUCCUGUUGUGGUCCUCAUGAGAGCCAGUUUCAUCAUAGCGUUUGAUGGUUUUUGCGACUGCACUUGAAGAAACUUUCAAAGUUCUUGAAAUGUUCCGGAUUGACUGACCUUCAUGUCUUAAAGUAAUGAUGGACUGUCAUUUCUCUUUGCUUAUUUGAUCUGUUCUUGCCAUAAUAUGGACUUGGUCUUGUACCAAAUAGGGCUAUCUUCUGUAUAUCACCCCUACCAUGUUACAACACAACUGAUUGGCUCAAACGCAUUAAAAAAUGAAAGAAAUUCCAGAAAUUAAGUUUUACAAGGCACACCUGUUAAUAUACAUGCAUUCCAUGUGACUACCUCAUGAAGCUGGUUGAGAGAAUGCCAAGAUAGUGCAAAUCUGUCAUCAAGGCAAAGGGUGGCUACUUUGAAGAAUCUGAAACAUAAAAUCUAUUUUGAUUUGUUUAAAACUUUUUGUUGCUUUUUGUUUUAUUUUAUAGUUUUGAUGUCUUCACUAUUAUUCUACAAUGUUGAAAAUAGUCAACUAGAAUAAAGAAAAACCCUUUAAUGAGGAGGUGUGUCCAAACGGCUGACUGGUACUGUAUUUAUGUACAUUUUAUCAGAAUGACUCAAAUGAAACUUUAUCACAUAAAGGUACUAACGACAGAUAUAUAAACAUAAUUUAAUACACUCAAAACAGUAGAGCAUUGACAGGUAAGUGUUGGUAUUGAACAUACUAAUAUUGGUCUUUGACAAAGUACAGUGUGAAGGAUAAGUCUUACAGUAAUGUGCACGAUGUGGGUAUUAUCAUGUAUUUGUCAUAUCUAAAAUGUAUCCUUAAAGGAAUAUAUACAUUAAAGGGAAUUUUGUGUUUGAAACAAAUCUCUGCUACUGAUUACUAAAUAAUAAAAAUGUAUAUACGGUAAUGAUACCAGAUAAACGUGCUGUUCCAACGGCACACUUGAACAAGUACUAUGUUACAAACUUAACAACAAACAUUGCAA